AAGUGUUCUGUGAGGGCAUGAUUCAUUUUUCUUACCUCAUUUCAUUUGACAUUUAUUUGAAGUUUGAUCGAAAAAGGGUAAAGAAUCUAUCAAAAAAAGAAAAUAUUUAAUAUUUGGAAAACUUCUGAAAAGUAUUCAAAAUGGCACAAGAAGUUGAAGAAACUAUGAAAAGAAUUCAGUCCCACAAGGGUAUUGUAGGAACUAUCAUAGUUAAUUCAGAAGGUGUUCCCAUUAAAACUACUCUGGAUAACACCACAACAGUACAAUAUGCAGGAUUGAUAAGUUCUUUGGCUGACAAAGCAAGAAGUGUAGUCAGAGAUUUGGAUCCUUCCAAUGAUCUAACAUUUUUAAGAAUUAGAUCAAAAAAACAUGAAAUAAUGGUAGCUCCAGAUAAAGAAUUUAUUCUAAUAGUGGUUCAAAACCCUGUGGAUUGAUUUAAUAUUUUUUAUUUGUGUUAAAUUCACUUUAAAUUAAAUAUCUGAAGCAUUUUAAAUACAUAUUUAUGGUUUUAUAUUGUCUUAAAUGCACUUAUUAAUUAUUGAUAAACUUUUUUUACUCACCAAAAUUGGUUAUGUAGUUUGAUUAAUAGCCAUUGUAUUUUAAUGAAAGAGUAAAACUCAAC